AAAUUCUAUUUCAAGAGAAACCAUGUGACUACCCAGCCAUAGAAAAUGGCAAGUUAAGUGAAAGACUGGAGUACCACAAAAACUAUUACUUUCCGAUGAGUUUUGGGCAGCAUGCUGAUUACCACUGCAUUCGUGGUUAUACAACCCCAAGUGGAGAAUACUGGGUUCGAAUGGUCUGUUCUGAAAGGGGCUGGUAUCCAGAGCCAAAAUGCCUCAAAAAAUGUCACGUCAGACAGCUGGAAAAUGGGUAUUUCUCAUAUGGACAGAAGAAUGUUUACAAGGAAGGUGAAAGAGUUAAAUAUGUCUGCAGUGAUGACUAUUAUACGGAACACGAAGAUGGGCAAGUCACGUGCACAAAGGAUGACUGGUCACCUCCUCCAAGAUGUAUCCGUAAAAAAAAAUGCCAGAAUAUCAAUAUUGACAAUGGUUAUUUGACCUUGGGAAAGAAAAUAUUUCGUUUACAGGAGAAGGUCACCUAUAAUUGUCAUACUGGCUUUUUAACUCCAGAAGGACAAGAAACAGGAGUGAUACAGUGUCAAGAGAAUGGCUGGACUCCACCUCCAAAGUGCAUCAAAUCGUGUAAAACACCUCAUGUGGAUAUUUUGAAUUACCAUGCAAAUAAAACUAUGUUCAUGCCCGAAGAUAUAAUCGAGUAUGCGUGUUUGGAGGGAUAUCAAGCUGCAAAUAAUAUGCCAACUGGUACCGCAAGGUGUGGCAUAAAUGGUGAAUGGAAUCCAACGCCCCAGUGUCUUGCGAUAGAAUGUGAAAUGUUGACAUUGCCCAAUGGAGAUUUUUCUCCCAAGGAGGGUAAAUACCACAGUGGAGAUGUUGUGAAAUUUACCUGUGCAAACAAUUACGUAAGAGUGGGACCUGCCUCUACUCAGUGCUAUUACUUUGGAUGGUUUCCGUCACCACCAGUGUGUAAAGUGAACGCCAGAGGCUGUGGACCUCCACCUGUGAUUACCAAUGGAAAUAUGGUUGGUGGCUCUGUGGAACAGUAUCAGCAUGGGGACAGAGAGCACUAUGAAUGCAACGUUGAAUUUAAAUUGGUUGGAUCAAAGGAAACAGAAUGUGUUGAUGGACAAUGGUCGUCUCCUCCCUCUUGCAUUGAAGACAAAAUGCCAUGUGGAUCACCUUCCUCUAUUCCGAAUGUUGUUCUUCAUCAGGAAGACCAGACCCAGUUUUCGCACGGUGAUGAAGUGAUUUGUGGAUGUAAACAAGGCUCUGGCAAUUCUAAGGAAAUGAAAAUAAAAUGUCUUAAUGGGGAAUGGAAGCCUUUACCUCUUUGUGCCGAUCCAUCUCCUCAGUGUGUACCUCCGAUGAAUGUUGAGCUUGUGCACAAUGGUCAUCUUCCCAAGCCAAGAAGGGAGACUAGGUUCCAUGGAGUUAUACAUUAUAUAUGUACAUCAGCUGACAAAAGUAUUAAACAGGCAACUUGUGUGUCUGGAAAAUGGUCACCAGAGAUUGAAUGUACAGCUGAGGAGAGUACGUGCCCACCUCCACCUCAGCUGCCUGGUGCUCAACAGAUAACAGUUGGAAGAAAUUACAAGCAUGGGAGUAAAACAGCUUUUUCAUGUCUGAAGAAUUUCCAGCUCAUCGGUGUGAAUGAAAUAACAUGUAUAGAAGGGAAAUGGCAAUCACCACCUUACUGUGUGGAAAGACCAUGUUUGCCACCACAACCCAUAGAAUGUGCUGAUGUUCCCAGGCUGGAAAAUCGAAACGCAAAAAUUAAAAAAGAAGGGAAAACAAUUUAUCUGGCUGGUGCUAGAGUUAAGUAUGUUUCUCGUUCUGGAUACAUCUUAGAUGGACCAUCGGAGAUAACUUGUUCUAUGGGAAACUGGACUUCAGCUCCUACAUGCGUGGAAAUGCCAUGUGGAAGUGUUCCAAAAGUUGCCAAUGCUCAAAUUGAAGGCAGAAACAAGGAAAUUUAUGAGCCUGGUGAAACAAUUCGCUACCAGUGUGAUGCAGGGUUCCUGACUGUUGGUUCCCCCGAAAUUAUUUGCAGAGAAGGAAAUUGGACAGCACCGCCCUUCUGUGAAGAUGUUAGCUGUGGAGCCGCACCUGAAAUUCCCAAUGCUUAUAUUACAAGCACUCAACAGGAGAGGUAUCUGCCCGGUGCCAGAGUGCAGUAUGAGUGUGAAAGCAAUUUUCAACUGAUGGGUGGAAAUUAUGUCACUUGUACGAAUGGAGAAUGGUCACAAGCGCCAACUUGCAGAGACGUGACGUGUGAACCUCCUCCAGAAAUUGCUGGUGGUAAAGUUCAAGGUGUUAAAAAGUCAAGGUAUUUGCCUGCGGAGAGUGCUCGCUAUCAGUGCUGGCAAGGUUUUGAGAUGACUGGGACUGCCACCGUCACGUGUCGGAAUGGGACCUGGACAGUGCUGCCAAAGUGCAAAGGGAAAGGUGGGAAAUGUGGCCCGCCUCCUGUUAUUGAAAACGGAGACCUUCUUUCCUUCCCCAUGCAAGAAUAUCGACAAGGUACGACUCUGGAGUACAAAUGCCCAAGUCUCUACGUCCUGGAAGGAUCUCGGUAUAUCACCUGUACUGAUGGGCAGUGGACAAGCCCCCCGGUUUGCCUAGUGGCCUGUACAGCAUCUGAAGAAGACAUGGGCAGAAACAAUAUUGAGCUGAAAUGGAUCAUAGGAAGAAGAAAGCUGUAUUCCAGAUCGGGUGACUUUAUUGAAUUCCGGUGUAAAAUAGGAUAUUUGGCAGACCCAGCAUCUUCUCCCUUCAGAGCACAGUGCGUGGAGGGGACAUUAGAAUAUCCACGGUGCAAGCCAGGAAAGAACUGUACAGUGCACGCAAGGAUUAUGGAAAGGAACAACAUUCAACUACAGUCAUCAAGCCGGUUGAGCACUUCCACCUAUCGCUCUGGAGAGUAUGUUUUCUUUGAAUGCAGAUGGUUCUACCGUCAAGUUUCACGGCCUGAGUAUUUCAGAGCAGAAUGCCUGGAUGGAGUGAUUAAGUAUCCUUCAUGUAAAUGAAUGCUUGGAUAAAUGAAAAUGGCAUGAAGGAGCCCAGCUGUGGAAGCCAAAGGUCCCUCAACCGACCCAGUGAUUUGAGCUCAAUUUUUCCUGGCGUUUCCCAUUUUGCUGUGCUUUGUUUGCAGCUUAGCCAGUGUUCUGUCUUGGAAUUUGUCAAUGUUUUUCUUUUUAUUAUUGGAUGAUUGUGUUUACAUUUUCUCCACAUUUUAUCCAUUUUUGUAAAUGUAUUUACAUAUUGUAAAUGUGUUUACAUUUUAUCUAUCGGAAUGGUUGUUCUUGCAUUUUAUCCAUUCUAUGUUGAUCUCACUGUUAUUUUUAUUAGCAAUUGUGUCCUGAAAUAGGCUGGCUUUGGUGGCAUACUGAGACAAGAAUUAAAGCCCGCAGGUAAUAAUGAGCAA